GCGCAGGAGCGCAGAGAGAGAGAGAGAGAGAGAGAGAGAGAGAGAGGGGGGAAGAGAGAGAGAGGGGAAGAGAGAGAGAGAGAGAGAGAGAGGGAGGAAAAAGUUUGCCAAAUGGAUUUCUUUACUGGAUUUAGACCUUUAUUGUUCUCAUAUGUACUCAUUAACGGAAUUUUAAUAACUUUACAGACGAAAGAAGAGGUGCUCUUGGAUAUGAAGGCAACAGGAGGUGAACUGGGCUGGUUGACAUGGCCCUUAGAUCAGGGAGAGAAGCCUGGGUGGGAGGUCAUCCAGAAGACCCUGAAUGGCUCUCAGUUCUAUGCCUACUCGGUCUGCAACGUCGAGGAACGUGAGCAGGACAACUGGCUGCGCACCACCUUCAUCCAGCGGCGUGCGGCGGCUUCGCGGGUUUUCGUUGAACUCCAGUUCAUCGUGCGGGAUUGCAACUCCUUCGAUGCCGCCUCGACGGCCUGCAAGGAAACCUUCAACCUCUUCACGUCCGAGUCUGACGCCGACGUGGGCACCACCUUCCGCAAGGGCCAGUUUAAGAAAGUGGCCACCAUAGCACCUGACGAGAUCACCAGCAAAAGCGAACUGCGCAUCAACACUGAGACGCGAGUGGUGGAGAACCUCUCUCGGAAAGGCUUCUACUUGGCUUUUCAAGACAUCGGAGCCUGCAUCGCUCUCCUCUCCACCAGGGUCUACUACAAGACAUGCCCGGCCACCGUGAAGAGCCUAGCGUCGUUCCCAGAGACGGUGGCUGGCGGGGAGAACCAGGGCCUGAGGGAAGUGAGCGGGACGUGCGUGGAUAACGCCGUCAGCGAGGAGUUGCCGCGCAUCUACUGCACCGUGGACGGGGAGUGGGUGGUGCAGGUCGGACAGUGCCAGUGCAAACCGGGCUACGAAGAAGUCAAGGAUGCGUGUCAAGAAUGUCAGUCUGGCUUCUUCAAAGCCUCUGCAUCCGGUGACAAGUGUGAGCCAUGUCCCGCCAACACCCAGCGGUUGGAUUCUGGGGCUUUGUUUUGCCCCUGCACAAAUGGCUUUUACCGGGCCCCCACUGACCCCCUUAGUGGACCCUGCUCAGGCCUCCCGUCUGCCCCACGAGACCUCGUUGCAACCACCACGCAGCUCUCCGCGGGAAAACUCCUCCUCUCCUGGAGCCCCCCUGAGGACACCGGGGGCCGUACCGACAUCACCUACAGCGUCCAAUGCCAGCGCUGCGAGGACAGCGGCUGCCAGCUUUGCGGAGAGAACAUCCGCUACGAGCCGGCCAGUACAGGCCUGACCCACCCCAAGGUGUCCGUCAGCGCGUUGGACGCACACCUCAACUACACUUUCACCGUGGAGGCCCACAGCGGCGUGUCGCUGUUCGCUGUCGAGGCAGCGCCACGGACUUAUAGGCCGCCAUCCACCAGCGCUCUGACUACAUCACUGCACUACACAGACCCCCCCAGGAUUACCACGAUCCGACUGGUUGAGAGGACCUCCGCCAGCUUGUCCCUUUCCUGGGACGUCUCCCCCCGAACACGGAUCCAACCCCGGCCCAUCCGCUAUGAACUUACCUACCGCAAGAAGGAUGAUAACAAGGAUGUGACCUUCAUCGUGCGCAUACUGGAGAAGAAUUUUGUGCACAUCGGGGAUCUGACCCCUGGCACGGCCUACCUGUUCAGGGUGCAGGCCCUCAGCAGCGAUGGCAGCCCUGGAGGCUCCAGCAUCGAGGAACAAUUUGAGACCUCGCCCGACGGACCCAUCACUCAAAACAACACGGCGGUCAUCUUCGCCGCAGCAGUUGGGGGAGCUGCCAUGUUGUUCAUAGUGAUCCUGGUCCUGUUCCUACGCAGACGGAAACGAAACUCUCACUCCAGACAAGGACCAGAGGACACCUAUUUCUCCAGCUCAGAGCAAUUGAAGCCUCUGAAGACCUACGUGGAUCCACACACCUACGAGGACCCCAACGUAGCCGUCAUGAAGUUUGCCACUGAAAUCCACCCCAGCCACAUAACCAAACAGAAAGUGAUUGGAGCUGGGGAGUUCGGUGAGGUGUACCGCGGUAACCUCAAGAUGCCGGGAAGGAAAGAGGUGGCAGUGGCCAUCAAGACGCUGAAGCCGGGUUACACGGAGAAGCAGAGGCAGGACUUUCUGAGCGAGGCCUCCAUCAUGGGCCAGUUCUCCCACCAGAACAUCAUUCGCUUGGAGGGGGUGGUCACCAAAUGUAAGGAUUUCUUCAAACAUGCCAUGAUUGUCACUGAAUACAUGGAGAACGGAGCCCUGGACAGGUACCUUAAGGACCACGAUGGCGAGUUUCCCUCCUUCCAGCUGGUGGGCAUGAUGCGCGGCAUCGCUGCGGGCAUGAAGUAUCUCUCUGACAUGAGCUACGUCCACCGCGACCUAGCCGCCCGCAACAUCCUCGUCAACAACAACCUGGAGUGUAAAGUCUCAGACUUUGGCCUUUCCAGGGUACUGGAAGACGAUCCUGAGGGCACAUACACCACAAGUGGAGGCAAGAUCCCGAUCCGCUGGACGGCUCCAGAGGCGAUAGCAUACAGGAAGUUCACCUCUGCCAGCGAUGUGUGGAGUUUUGGCAUCGUCAUGUGGGAGGUCAUGGCCUUUGGCGAGAGACCUUACUGGGACAUGAGCAACCAUGAGGUGAUGAAGGCUAUCAACGAGGCUUUCAGGCUGCCGGCGCCGAUGGACUGCCCCUCAGCGGUUUAUCAGCUGAUGCUGCAGUGCUGGCUCCAGGAUCGCUCCAAGAGGCCGCGCUUCGGAGACAUCGUCAACCUGCUGGACAAGCUUCUGCGGAGCCCAGACUCCCUGAAGACCAUCGCAGAUUUUGACCCACGCGUGUCCAUCCGCCUGCCCAGCACCAGCGGCUCGGACGGUUCCCCCUUCAGGUCGGUGUCAGAGUGGCUGGAGUCCAUCAAGAUGAGUCAGUACAGUGAGAACUUCACCUGUGCCGGGGUCGUCACCAUGGACCAUGUCCUCCAGAUGAAGAAUGAGGAUAUUAAAAACAUUGGCGUGAGGCUGCCUGGCCAUUUGAAAAGAAUUGCCUACAGCAUCCUGGGUUUAAAGGACCAGACCAGCACCCUAAGCGUCUUUGCAGUGUGAUCGUAACAACGGAGGAAAUUCAAUGCGUCUCUGAAGCACGCAGCCCUUUGAACUCUGAGCUGAGCUGCAGCGAAACUACAGGCACGGUGUUUAAUGGGCAGGACCAAGAGACAUGUGCCAUCCAUUGGGGCCGACUGAAACUAACUGACUUGCUGUACAUUUUUGAUUUCUUCAUCUUAUCCACAUGGGAAAUGAGCAAAUAUACAAUACAGUAGAUGUAUCGAGUAGACUCUGAAUAUGUAGAUCUCUAUUUUUACUAUCCGCGUCUUCUGUGCAGUUUCAAUUCAUUCCUCCCGUGUUUAUUUUUUCUCCUCAUUUUGCAUUCCUCCUUCAAGAAAGUCAACAAUCAAGUCAGUUCCGGGAACGGCUUUAACUUAACUCAAUUACACCCUGUUGCAUCCAGUAGCAAAGACACAAACACAGUAAGUGUGACUGUGUGGGAAAGGUGGAGCCAAGGCCUCGCUUACGUGGGUAAUGGCGCUUAUGUCGCGCCGUCUACCUUUUUUUUAGUCUAAAUUUGGUCCAUUUCCUGUCAGACCAAUGAAGAUGGAGCGUCAAUAGCUUGAGCUGGCCCAAAGUUAAAGAGACGGUCUAUAAACACUGAAGGACCUGGUGUUGCUACUUCUGAUGCUCCGUGUAGAAAUCAAGCUAUAAUCAUGUGAGUAGUGAAAAAAGCGGAAAUAUAUCAGGUACUCUUUGUGUAAAGAUUACUAAAAACAUUGGGGUGAGAAUUUAUAAUGUAGCACUUGAUCUCAAUGUCUUGGUUUGUCUCAGAAUUGCAUGGAAAAUGCAACUACACAAAAACUCCUAAACAAAAUAAAAUGGUAUUGAGGUUGGAAGUUGUGUGAAUUGAAUGAGUUUUAACUAGAAAGCUUUCCAUCUGUUCAAAGCGUGACUGUAAUAAAAUUUUUAAAAAAAGCAAAUGCAUCAGUCAAAAGAAAGCGAGAUUCUUGUUGUGGUUGAGAUGAUUUCACGCCUAAUAAUGGUUUGCAAUUUCAAGGUCUCAUUUGGUUUUGUAAAAACUAUAUUCUUCUCUGUGUAACUUUUGAUAAUUAAGUGCCCGGCUUGUGCCAUACAUUCAAAGACAUUUGGAAGUGCCUGUUGGUGGAACAUUAGCAGGAGUUUGCUCCUGUCUUCUGGUUUAAUGAAGCAGCUUGCUGCUGUAGUGGGACGUGCGUAGUGAGCAGUUUCCCCAGUGCUCUUAAUUGAUGACUGCAAAUCAUUACUGAUCAUUACCUUUCUGUACUUGAAUUUUUACUGUGUUUUCAAAUGCAUCUAUGAUUCUCUUGUAGUUGAUAUAUCCAUCUUUGGAAAUGGGAUUUAGUUAUUACUCUGGUUGAGAGGUUGCAUUGCUUGUACAUUUUGUAUGAUCUCACUUUUUACCAUAUUACCAAACUGAUUAUUUUUCUAAGUUCUCAUAAUUUACAUCAUUUCCUUUGCUUCUUUUUUUUUUAGAGUUCUUUCAGCGGAAAGCAAACUCCUUCCUUUUUGACUGUUUUAUACUGUAUUUAAUAGCCUAUUUAUUUUUUACUUUUAUUUAUUUAUGCUGAAAACACUGAGCUGGGAUUAUAAUUGAAGGUUGUGCUCUCAUUCUCAAUAAUAAUAAUAAAAUAAAAAUCACUGCAUUUGUGGAGCAAAAAA